AUGAGUGAUACCAUUCAACCACAGAUGCAACCACAACAGCAGCAGAAAAAGAAGUUUGAGGGUCCCAAAAGAGAAGCUAUUCUGAACUUAGCCAAGUACAAAGAUAGCAAAGUGUGUGUGAAACUCAUGGGCGGUAGAAUGGUAACUGGCGUGUUGAAGGGCUACGACCAAAUUAUGAAUCUGGUGCUUGAUGAGACCAUGGAAAACCUGAGAGAUCCAGAGGACCCUUCAGUUAUACUGAAAGACAAGACGAGGAACCUGGGUCUGAUCGUCAUCAGAGGUACCGUACUUCUCUCCUUGAGACCGUGCGAAGGUUCGGAAAUGAUAUAUAUUCAGGAAUCAGAAUGA